ACACCAGUGAGUGGGAGCAGUAGAGAGAACAGAGUAGGGGAGUGAGAGAGAGAGCAAAGUAGGAGAGCAAAGGAGAAAGAGACGGAGGGACAUCUUAACACGUUGCCGGGGCAUGCAGGUAUAUGUCACAAUUCCCAGCAAAGGUUGUCUUGUGUGAAUUUAAAUGGGCUCCAGACAGAGGAUUCCCUUCACUUGGAGUGGAGCUGCUCUCUGCUCUAGGGUAGUGGAACGAGAGGAAAGCACAGCUAGAGAGGAGAGCAAAGGAGUGAAUUGGUCCCACUUCCCAUGCACCCCAACUGCUUGACAGAUGGCAUGGCAAAGUGAUCCUUGGUUCUAACCCAGCUACUGCCCUUUUAUGCUCUGUGAGGACGUGUCUGUGCGGAGCCAGAGAGGACAGCGGGACACUGGCGCUCCAGACGACGGACUGCAAGAGCCUACCCAACCUACAACACAGGCAUGGGACAGUAACCAAUAACCUGGAGCCUACAGUACAGCAUACAGUAUAGAGUUCAUCUUUUCAGUCAACUUCAAGACUGGAGUGUUGCUGGUACUUGGAGUCUUCCUGUUUAGCAUUGGGAGUAGCAGACAGUCAGUCCUAGCAGCCAGCAGUGGACAGCAGGCAGCCAGCGAGCAGAGGGAGCGAGAGAGCUGUGAAUGUGUAACUGGGCCUGCCAGUCCCGGGGGAGAGCAGAGGAGUACUGUUACACUCCCUGAAAGACCUUAUACAUGUUUCAUCUGCUCCUUGGAGAACAGACGCCCCCUUUGUUGUCUCAUCCAUCCGUCUCUCCUGGCUCGAGACGCUGCUGCAAAUUGCUUGUCUCGCCGUCGCCCGACGACCAGCAACAGCCACACAUCUCCCCACAGCUGAGGACCAGGCCAGGCCCAGGGUAUCUGAAGGGCUCACCUCCUCACCUGUAAGCUAACCUUGAAAACCAGUGGUGAGGAACCAGAAGAGUAUAUAAGGCUAUAUGAGAAAUCAGUAAAUGAGGACGACCCAGUAUUUUUUGAGUGUCUCUGUGCUAUUGGAGCAUCUUGGCACCUGACUCUCAACAACCAGCUACCCCCUCAGCUUCCGCCAACUACAGAUCCCAGCAAGCCUGCCAACUACUAAAACGGCGAGCCAGCCAGCACCUCUCCUCCAAUAUCCACUGUCCUAGUAGCAGUCUCUGAGUGUGAUUGUGUGUCUGUGAGUCUGAGCCUUGACCAUGAACGAGAACUUACGGCCCCCGUCGCUCCAGUUGAGUGUCCCCCGCGAUGCCCCUGCCUACUCGGAUGGUGGGAAUGGUGGGGUCUCGGAUGGUCCUGUGUGGUCAAGCUCGUCCACCCCAACACUACGACGCAAGCGCUUCAAGAUGCGGCGCAUGAAGAACGUGCCUAGCGAGAGAGAGAAGGAGAAAGACAGGGGCAGGCUGGGGAAUGGGUGGCUAGUCUCUACCCGCUCCCACUCGGGCUCCAAGGAGUACCUGCAGCUGCCCUCCAUUGAGAUCACCCGGUCCAGCGACGAGGAUGGGGCCUCCUGGUCUAACUGCUCUACGCCCAGCGCCUCACCCCGACGCAAGCGCUUCCUGCUCCGCAAGUGGCUGAGGGUGAGAGAGAAGAAGGAGCACGCCGGCAGCGAGAGCAGCAGCCAGCAGAGCAGCCACGACGAUGACUCCUCUCGCUUCCUGACUCCCUUCAUCCGAGAGGAGAGGUCUGACAGUGCAGCGGACAAGAUCAGCACUGCCAGUAACUCGAACAGGAGCACGCCUGCUUGCUCGCCCGUCCUGCGUCCUAAACGCUCGCGCUCGCCCACGCCCCAGAGCCUGGAGCCUAGUGAGAAUAUGGUGGAGAAGGGCCACUCGGACCACUCCUCUGAUAAGUCCCCCUCCACCCCCGAGCAAGUGGUCCAGCGAACCUACUCUCUGCAGUCCGCCCGCAGCGGAGGCAAGAACUCCAAGUCUCACAAGCGACUUUCCAAAAAGAGCCAGAGCUGGUACAAUCAUGAAAGACAACACAUCCUGAGAGUGUUGAGCCCCACAUACAAACAGCGUAAUGAGGACUUCAGGAAGCUCUUCAAGCAGCUACCGGACACAGAGCGGCUCAUCGUGGAUUACUCCUGCGCCCUACAACGAGACAUUCUCCUGCAGGGCCGACUCUACCUCUCAGAAAACUGGAUCUGUUUUUAUAGCAACAUCUUCCGCUGGGAAACGCUGCUGACAGUGAGGCUGAAGGACAUCUGCACCAUGACGAAGGAGAAGACAGCCCGCCUCAUCCCCAAUGCCAUCCAGGUGUCCACAGAUGGUGAGAAGCACUUUUUCACCUCAUUUGGAGCGCGGGACAGGACCUACAUGAUGAUGUUCAGGUUGUGGCAGAAUGCACUGCUGGACAAACCCUUGUGCCCCAAAGAGCUAUGGCACUUUGUCCAUCAGUGCUAUGGCAACGAACUAGGCCUGACCAGUGACGACGAGGACUACGUUCCCCCUGACGACGACUUCAACACCAUGGGGUUCUGUGAGGAGAUCCCUAACGAGGAGAAUGAGAUCAGUAAUGACAACUCGUCUAAGAGCAGCGCGGAGGCCAAACACGAGGGCAGCCCACCAUCCACACACAAGAAAUGCAUCAUCACCAACAGCACCAUCAGCUCGUCCAUCAGCAGCGAGCCCCUCUCUGUGAGUCUCUGCGACAUAAUAGAGUUUGACCUCCCUCCAGAGGAGUACAUCGACUGCCUCCCUGACGGGGAGCUGCUGGCCUUGCCCCUGGUGCUGGAGCAGAGCCUAUUGGAGGCCAGCGGCCUGGUGCCCUCGACCUCCCUGGACUUCAACGACAAUGAAGACAUCCCCACCGAACUUAGCGACUCCUCAGAAACCCACGAUGAGGCAGGGGAGGUGCAGGCCUUCCACGAUGACCUUAAAGGGAGACAGUACAUCGAUGAGGUUUACAAGUUCAGUGUGGACAAGAUGUACGACAUCCUCUUCACAGAAUCCCAGUUUAUGACCGUCUUCAUGGAGCAGCGCAGGUUUUCAGAUAUAGUGUUUCACCCCUGGAAGAAGGACGACGCAGCGGGGAACCAGACGAGAGAGAUCAUGUACACCAUCUCCCUGUCCAACCCGCUGGCCCCCAAGACAGCCACGGUCACAGAGACGCAGACACUGUACAAGGCCAGCCAUGAGAGUGAGUGCUACAUCAUCGAUGCUGAAGUCACCACACACGACGUUCCUUACCACGACUACUUCUACACGCUCAACCGUUACAUGCUGACACGGGUGGCCAAGAACAAGUGCCGGUUAAGGGUGUCCACUGAGCUGCGUUACAGAAAACAGCCAUGGGGAUUAGUGAAGGGCUUCAUCGAGAAGAACUUCUGGAGCGGGCUGGACGAGAACUUCCGCCAUCUUGAGUUGGAGCUGUCGAAGGUGGAGGAUGUGGUUUUGGGAUCGACCCGGCCUUCUCCCAAGGUCAAGGGGGUGAAGACGUCUGUGAGGCGGAGGAAGAGACCCCUGGUCCACCUACGGAGCCAGCACCUGGACGACGCCCUCCUCAGCCCCGUCACCACGCCAACCGAUGAUGAGGUCAUCCACCGCAUCAAACAUGCGGGCGUGACAGAUUCCACUCAGACCAGGCACAUGCCUGAGCACCUUCCUGGAGGCUUCUCCCUCUACAGCGUGCCCAAACUGCUGCUCAUCAUCAGCUUUGUCCUGGUUUUGCUGGUGUUCCUCAACAUGAUGCUGUUCUAUAAGCUGUCGAUGCUGGAGUAUUCUGCACAGCAUUUUACCACCCGGCAAGGGCUGCGGAUACAUGAAAGUAAACUGCCCCAGACGCAGAUGGAGUGGGCCCAGCUCCUGGAGUCCCAACAGCUUUACCAUGACGCUGAGCUGCAGAAGUGGAGAGAGAUCAUCAAAUCCUCAGUGGUACUAUUAGACCAGAUGAAAGACUCUCUACUGAACCUUCAAAGGGGCAUUGGCUUAAGGGACUACAGCUCAGAAGCUGAGGAGAAAAGAAGCCGUUACCACUGACAUACGAGCUUAGGCCAUGAGGGCAUGGUGUGCAAUAUAGGAACUGUUUGUGUAUAAGUAUGCAAACAAAACAAAGAGAGACAAGAGACCAACCGACCGCCAGGCAAGCUGGCCCCAGUGUGACAGGGACCGCCUACCGGCUGCCGUCCCCCAGCUCACAGAGGUCAUGACCCCGCAAGUCAGGAAGUGCCCCUAUCACAGACAGGAAUUGAACAGUGGGGUUCCCACAGCACUGAGGCAUCGUGGGAAGGCAACAGCUCUGCUUACCUUGACGCCACUUCUGUCUCUUAUUUUUCUUUGUCUUUUAAUGUUGGAAGGACAUUGUACUGUCAGCCAUUGCCACAUGGGGAAUGGAGGACAACAAAAAGCUCAGCAUGUGAUUUUACUCCUCAUCUUAACUCCUCUCAAUGAGCGUCUGUCUGGGGUUCCAUUCCUGCUCUGUGAGUGUCUAAAGACAAACAAAAGAGGAGAGAUAGACGAGGAAAGGGGACCUACAGUCUCAACACUUUCUAUACUCCCUUGACUGUUCCAAACCGAUCCUCCCCUACAGGUCCGCGCUGCAGUGUCCCUUUUAUGAACUCCUCUGAUCGUGGCCACAGAUCAUGCUCUAGAGUAGCAGGAUCACCAGCAAAUAUAUAUUAUAGAGUAUAUGUAUGUCCAAGCACAUUUCCACUGAAAUGUCUCAACUGCCUUGUUUUUCCCCCAGGCUCAACAGUGCAUCAGGGCUGGUUUCCCUAAUCACCUAGAGCUAGGCUGUUGUGUUGGAAUUUGCAUAAUGAUUGACUUAGGUGGAGGAGGAUACCUUCUCACAGGUACUCAAUAAAGAGAAACGUUAAGAGAUUGCAGGAUGUUGUUGGGGAUAGAGAGGAUAUGUAAUGUGGCGUGUCAAAACAUCCAUGCUUGGUGGCAAAUGGAUCUCCUGUUAACAACAGGGAUUUAUGGAAUUUAGAGUCUUCUUGAAGGUUUAUGAAUUAGCUUAACGUUGUAUUGCCACUAUUUUACUAGUUGGGUAAUGCAGUUCAUUGUCCAUCAGACUUAUCAACUUAUCAGUUGUGGAACAGUAUUUUGAUCCAUUUUUAUAAAUGAUAGUUAGCCUGUCACUUCUACUUUCAAAGUACGGCAACAAUACAGAGCUUUUAUUUAUCAGUUACUGGUGAUUUGUUUUAUGCACAGUGUUAAUUAGUUCCAUUUGUUGCACAUUUAUCAAAAUUAGUUUGUACCGAUCCAUAAGACCCAAGAAUGUAGUACAACUUGACCAGUAGUCUUUUCUGUAGGAAAAGACAGCAUGCAGACUAAGAAGUCAUUGGUACUUGAAAAAGGGAUACUGCAGCAAGACAAUUAGGGAGACCUGUGUUCUGACAUAAGUGUUUUAUUACUAAACUGUGACUAUAUCUCUUAAAAAUGUUUGAAGAUGAAAAUAAUUAUAUAAAUAUAUUUGAAAUAUAUAUGUAUAUUUCAAUAUUGAAUAUUUCAAGAUAUAUACGCAUAGCAUAUAUUAAUUGUUUAUUUAUGUAUAUAGGAAAGUUAUCAGAGCUCUAGCUGGGUACAAUAAUUUAUAAAGAAAACUGUUUUCUUCAGAAAAGCUGCCAGAUAUGUCUGUGACAUGUCUAGUAUGCAUGUGUGCUUGAGUGUACUGUAUGUUUCUGUGUGCGUGUGUGUGUGCACAUGUGUUAAUUUAUACAGUGUGACAUUUCUAUCAUUCCACACAUGGAUGUGUCUCAACAUUUCACUUCUGGCACAUGUAGCCAAACUGCCUUUUAUAAUGCCCAUGCGUUUGGAUGCAGCCUUGCAUUAGCCUCUCUGGCUAACAGUUUACAAUCAGCCCAUAUGGACAUCUCUGUGUCCAUGCCAAGUGGCUUGACUCAACCAUACACACACACACCCUCUUUGCUUAUCCAUAUCAACAACCUGCAUCCCUGCUUAUUCAAAAUCAUAUACACACCCCCACUCUCCAUGUCCAGUGUUUGUGUUGGAAUCUGUACACAAUUCAAUUGAACCAUGACAGUGGGUAGAUAAAGCCUUCAGAAGAUGUCAUUCAUUUUCAAUUAGCUAUUUGUCAUUGAUUUAUUGAAAGACAAGUAAAUACCUGCUGGAGUAACCUCAGGUAGGCAAUGUCUGAAGUGUAACCCCUAGCUGCGGCAUAAGCUCAGUGAUAAAAUCACUUCCAAAAAGAGAAACAGUACUGCACUUUAAAGACCUUCCAAAUGUUGAAUGAAAGAAAUUCAGUGGUAUUGCAGCCCUUAUGUUAUAGUGAAACGGAAGCCCUUUUUGCAUUCUAAAAAUUAUUAUGUGUAUCCAAUAUAAUAGAAUGCUUACUCUGUAACUUUGAUUGAAAUUUCAUUUCAACACAUUUCUGUUCACUUGAUGAUGUAGUUACAUGAUUUUGUGAGUGACUGUUCUCGCUUAAAUAUUUCAGGGUUAGACCGGACAGGAGUGGGUUGUGCGUGAACUGUGAAGGAGUGGAUAUCUAUCUCUUUAAUGCAGGGGCAUCAAACGAAUUUUGCCUCGGGGGCCGCAUUCGGGCCUCAACGAACGAGGUCCGGAGUGACGUUUUGAAAAUGUGUUCUACAGUAUUUACUCGCAAUCAAAAAGUGCAACAAAGAAAAUCCUCUAUUCUGACUGUCUAGCUUUAAUUUCGGUGAUUGAUAACAAGCUGGACACAGUCAAGAAACUGUAUGAAUGUAAGUCCAUUAUAUGAUUUUUACACAGUUUCGAUUUGGUUUUAGUAGUUUUAAAGUAUGUUGAGUAUGUUUGACUCCCCGGCUUUAAUGUGUGCUGGCGUUGCAUUGGUGAGUUACUGAAUGAGUGAUCUCUCAUGACAGACUAUAGGCUGGAUUCUAAUUCUGGGUUUCCGAUGUUACUGAAUGAGCAUGUUUUAGGCUUGGCUUUCCUGCAGCGUGUAUUAUUGGUCAUUUAUGGAAAUCUUAAGAUCUGAAUAACAGUGAUUGGAAAAUAUUUCUGUUUUAUAGAAAUCCCUUUCACAAUCAAGCUAUAUUAUACUGAAAGAUAUGCUGGGGUUAUGUUUCAAAUAUGUGAUUAUAUUUCAUAUGUGAAAAUGUGAUUGAAAUGCUUUGUUUAUUUUUUAAGUGUAUGGACUUUUAGAGUUAUAAAAUUGCUUGGAUUUCUAAAAAUGUUUCAGUAAUUGAAAUGGACCAUUUCAAAUAAUCUGAAAGAAGCACGGUAACAUACCCAUGGGUUUCUCAUGUUAGCAACUAGAAUGUCUGCAUAAGAUGGGUGUAUUAAUUGUCAUUCAUUCCAAAUGUUAACUUAAAGUCAUCUAAUUCUGAAAUUCAUGACAAUACCACAAAACAUUAUAACUAGUUUAUAAGUAUGGAAUUAGCUGUUAUGCAGAAUUAUAGCAUGUUAUGUGUCAUAUGAGUAAACAUGAACUAGUUAUAAGGGUAUGGUUGAUGUUUGUUAAUGCAACAAGCUAUUUAUUAUACCAUAUUGUAACAAUAUUCAUAAAAAACACAGGCUAUUCAAUCAUAUUAUUCAGCAUUACAAGCAAUCACCUAAAAAAUAUAACUCAUGACCUCUCAUAGAUCUGAUUAGCUUCUUUUUUUUUUUGCGCACGCUCUCACAUAUUUUGGCAUUAGCAAGUAUGAUUGUAUGAUUGCUAUUCUGGCUCUAAAGCUCUGUAACCAAGGCUCCAGAUGUCUUGACAGCACCAUUAUGUUGUCUUCAACACUGCAUAUAUUGUGUUCUUCACUGACUACAUUAAUGGAAAUAUGCCUUGUUGAAUCUCUGGCUAACUUACAGUCCCAACCUUCUUGAAAAUGACUACUGAACAAAUGACUACUGAACACACUUUUAACACGUGUGUCUUGGCAUUAUCUUACUGGUGUAGCUCAGUUCAAAAACCUAAUGUUUGUUUUUUAGACCUGUUUUGAUCUGUAAAAUGAUUCUUAAUUAGAUUUAUAUAUGGUAUACUGUAAGUAUACGUUGUGUAUAUCUGCAGUCUACACACACUGACAAGAGAAUCAAACCUGCGCUGUGCGUGGGUUUUGACUUGCCAAUGACUUUGCCUAAUAGAGACUAAGAUAAAGUGGCUUUCUGGUAGAUGUGAAGUAGAGAUUGGAGGUAUGAAUAAAAAUUGAACAAAAAGAUUCAA